AUGGCUCUUUCUGUUGCCGAAACACAAAAUCAAUAUGCUUUGUAUGUGCCAGAGUUUAAAGUUGAUAACUUGAUCUGUUAUAGCAAGAGUAUUGAUGUGAAGGUGAAGGCUUGCUCAAUCUAUAGAUACUUAGUUUAUGAAUCUGAAAGAAGAUACAUUGUCGACCUUGAAAGUGGCUCGUGCAACUGUGGGAGGUUCCAAAUAGAUAAAAUACCUUGUCCUCACGCCAUUGCUAUCUUGAAGUCUAAACAUGCAAAAGAUUUUGGUUUAUACUGUUCAGAAUACUACAAGUCAAUCACUUUGGUGAAGACUUAUAAAGUUCCAAUCAUUCCACUGCCAGAUAAGAAAAACUGGAAUGUUCCUAGUAGUGUAGAUGAGGAAGAAGUACUACCACAGAUAUACAAAAGACUUCCAGGAAGACCUAAGAAAGGGAGGAACAAGAAAUCCAGCGAAACACUUUCAUCAAGCACAAAUCGUUGUGGACGAUGCGGACAUGAAGGGCACAAUUGA